AUGAGCGAACCACGCCGUUCUUCGAGAGCCAAUAAAGGCCAGCAUAGUGCCAGAGAUCUUCUGGACCUAUACUAUGUACCGGAGAUAGAGACCGAAGAACAGAACAAUGUCAAGAGAAGAAAAGUCAUUGACCCGAAACUUGUGAUGGGCAAUGAUGACGAUUAUGAUUACGAAGAUAUUGCAGCCAAAUCUGAAGAGGGUGAAGUUCGAUGCGACCCUUGUGGCACGACAUCGGCCAACUAUAAUGAAGAAGCUGACGAGGGAGGAGUGAUGAUUGAGUGUGAAAGUUGCCGCACAUGGCAACACGCUCAGUGUAUGGGAUAUGAAAACGAAAAUAAUAUCCCCUUGUCAUACACAUGCAAUCGAUGUGCUCCCCAGAAGAAUCGAAAAGUUGAAAAGGGUGACAAGAAGAAAAUUGAAGAAAAAGAAGUCGCUAAAGAAAAAGCGCCCAAAGAUAAGACUAGGACCAAUGUCUGCAAAGCAUUGUACAAUGUCAUCCUAAAAAACCAAACCGCAGCCGGUGUUAGCAAGGACGAAGAUGCAUACCAUUUGGCCGAGCGAAUGGAGGAGGCAAUAUACGUGUGGUCAGGCACCACAGACAAGAAAUACAUAGACAAGAGUAGAAGCGUAAUGGCCUUGGUGAAGAAACCUGCUGUUCUAGCGAAAGCUGCACAAGGGUCGUUAGCGAUGUCAGACUUGGUACUGUUGCCUCCUGAAGAGAUUGACUCUGAACUCAAAGAUUACGCCGAAAAAGUCCGCCAGGAGCUGAUUCGUCGCUCUGUUAUUACGGUGGAGGAAGACGCAGGGCAGCGUAUUCGUCGUACGCAUAAGGGAGAAGAAAUCGUGGAAACAUCGUCUAAUAGUCAUACUGAUGACGCUUUUAAUGUUGGUAUUAUGGGAAGGAACAUUGACCACCGCAAUUUUGAAAAAGAAUCUUCCCCAAGCGUCAUCGCAACAAACACAAAGGGCCCUAACUUGUACCAGUUGGAUGAUGAGGACGAGGAUGACCCGGGUAUUAAUGAUUCAAGAGAAGAAAGUGAGAAAAAGGACGACGACAGUGAUGAUGAACUAGAUUUUAUUUUGAAGGGUAAGAAAGAAACAUCCCACGAAGAGCAAAAACUGGAACCGGAACGCAAACUACCUCCAAUGAUGCCUGUUCAAUUUUGGUCGGGCUCUAUAGUGUUUCCUGACUUCGUGGAAUUUCAAGCUAAAGCAGAAUUUAUUUCAUGCACCAACUAUAAGAAGCCUGAGGACGUGACUACAGUAAGCAUACAUAACCGGGCUAUACGUGUCUGCAAAGAGAUGUUUGAAAAGCUGAAAUAUCUCAUCGAGGGUCGCCUCGAUCGAACCCGUGCUGACCCCUACUUGUCGCAAGUGGCAUCUUCUCGAGAUUUUUAUUUGGUGCGUUUGCUGAACAACGAUAAUUCUGAUUACGAAAAGUUAUUCGAAUAUCUUCUUUCCAAGAAGAAGGUUGGUGUUUUGUCAGACCGCGCCGGUUUCGUAAAAGAUGCCUAUGUUUUUGCUAUCGAUGGUAAUAUUCCUCCGUACAUGGACUUUGGUCCAUUAGAUAGAGGCUUGUAUGCGCUUUUCGUCGUGAAGAAGGACUAUGUUCCUGUUGGCAAAAGUAUAUUGAAAAAGUCGGUGCUGCCUCCCCAAUCUUCGGCACCGCCCAGGAGCUUGGAUAGCAUUCUUUCAAAACUUGGCGGCUCAGCGCAAUUUUCUAAUCCACAUAUUCUGGGUCAGUUAAACCAGGAACUCAGCCCCAAUCAAUACCAAUAUGUGUCCGAUAUGAUGAACCAAAAUCCACAGAUGCAGAAUAAUCCCCAGGCGCUUUUGAACUUGCUUCAAAAUAGCCAAUCUGGCUUCCACUAA